UGAGCUCACUGGGAGCAAAACCUGAAGUCUCCGGAGAAGAACAUCUUUGCUUCUCUGGAAGAUCCCUAUGCUGAGGUUAGUCCUGCUCAUCAGUUUGACGUGUUUGGUGAAAUCAGACACAGAUGAAGAAUGUCCUUCCUUCACCAGACUGAGCUUCCACAGUGCAGUGGUUGGCACUGGACUAAAUGUGAGGUUGAUGCUCUACACACAGAGAAACAAGACCUGUGCCCAGGUCAUCAACUCUACAGCUCUGGGGAACUUGAAUGUGACCAAGAAGACCACCUUCAUUAUCCAUGGGUUCAGGCCAACAGGCUCUCCCCCAGUUUGGAUGGAGGAUUUAGUAGAGGGUUUACUGAAUGUACAAGAUAUGAAUGUGGUGGUUGUUGAUUGGAAUCGCGGGGCUACUACUGUAAUAUAUACUCAUGCCUCCAGCAAGACCAGAAAAGUAGCUCUCAUCUUGAAGGAAUUUAUUGACCGGAUGUUGGCCGAAGGAGCUUCUCUUGACAACAUUUAUAUGAUCGGAGUAAGUUUAGGAGCCCAUAUAUCUGGAUUUGUUGGAGAAAUGUAUGCUGGUCAGCUGGGAAGAAUCACAGGUCUUGACCCUGCAGGCCCUUUGUUCAACGGGAGAUCACCCCAGGAAAGAUUAGAUCCCAGUGAUGCACAGUUCGUUGAUGUCAUCCACUCCGACACUGAUGCACUGGGCUACAAGGAGCCAUUAGGAAACAUAGACUUCUACCCAAAUGGAGGAUUGGACCAACCUGGUUGCCCCAAAACAAUCCUUGGAGGAAUGAAAUAUUUCAAGUGUGAUCACCAAAUGUCUGUGUACCUGUACCUUGCUUCCCUGGAAGAGAAGUGUGCCAUCACCGCCUAUCCUUGUGGCUCCUACCGGGAUUACAGGAAUGGCAAAUGCAUCAACUGUGGCACACCACAGACGGUGUCUUGCCCACUUCUGGGCUAUUAUGCUGACAAUUGGAAAGACUACUUAAAGGACAAAGAGCCUCCAAUGACGAAGGCAUUCUUUGACACAACAGAGAAGAACCCAUUCUGUGUCUAUCAUUACUUUGUGGACAUUUUAUCUUGGAGCAGCAACAUCAGAAGAGGGUUCAUUACAAUCAAAUUGAGAGACAAAUAUGGAAACAUCACGGAAUCCAAAAUUGAUCAUGAACCAGCCACUUUUCAGAAAUACCAUCAAGUGAGUCUACUUGCAAGAUUCAAUCAAGAUCUGGAUACAGUGGCAGCCAUCUCCCUGGUGUUCUCCACGGGAUCUGUAAUAGGCCCGAAGUACACGCUCAGGGUCCUCCGAAUAAAGCUGAGGUCCCUUGCCCAUCCAGACAGGCCCCAGUUGUGUCGGUAUGAUCUCGUCCUGAUGGAAAAUGUUGAAACCUUCUUCCAACCCAUUCAGUGCCCAAAGCUGCAGAUCUAACUGCUGUCAGGACACACGGCGGCAGUGAGUCAAGAGAGCCACAUCUUUACCCCACCUUUUCCUCAAGGCUUGAAAAGUACAGAAAAAAAAAAAAAAAAAAACAACCCAAGGUGAUGUUUCAGCAGUAUCAUAUGGAUGUCACAUU